AUGGACCACGAUGGUCCUUCAUGGCAUUUGGCACGACGCCACUAUAUAAGUAGAUACCAGCUCAGGAACUCGACCUACGGGCUGUUCGGCAGCAGGUUAAGAACUCGAAGAAGAAGCGGGGGGCCUGGGGCCAGGGCCGACUCCAGUGUGGAGGUGAACUCCGGGCUUCUGAAGCCCACGAGCUUCAGGCCCAGAAAGCUGGGCUUCAGGCCUAGAAGCUCGCUGCCACAGAAGCCCGGAAGCGAAGCCCGGAAGCAGCUCCACCGGGCAGGAAUUGAAGCCCGGAAACAGGAGCGCCUCCGGAAGAAGAGCCUGGCUCAGCUCACUGAAUUAGGCCUUCCAAUUCCUCUAGAGUUGGAAGACCCAAUUACUGACCCAGAGGCCGAAACUGAGAGCGAGUAUGAGAGUGCGAGUGAGGGUGCAUGGGAGUGGGCGUGGGAGUGGGCGUGGGAGUGGGCGUGGGAGUGGGCGUGGGAGUGGGAAUGA